GAAAACUUCCGCUUCCGCCCGUCCCCGGCGCCUCGCUGGCACAGGUGAGCUCCGUGCGCUCUCGGUGAGCCCCGCGUCCGCCUUCCUGGAAGUCGUGCGGGCUCAGCCCUGUCGCGGGAAACGUCUCCCUCCUCACCCCGCCCCCGCGCAGACGCAGUGCUGAGCACACAGCCGUGGAACAAAGGGUGACGUUCAGAGCCGGAGUCAUGGCGGCGACCGAGCCGGUCUUGGCGGCCCCUGGGAGCCCGGCGCCGCCACGGGAGAAGGAAGAAGAAGGAGCCGGCCCGAGCUCAGGCCCGGAGAGUAACCCUGCGGGCUCCUCGUCGACUCCUGAGGCGCCACCGCCAGCCCCCGAACAUUCCAACCAAAAUGCCGCCGUCCCCGAAGCGGUUCCUCCGCCUCCCGCGGCGGCGUCCGCGGCCCUGGAGCUGCCUUUCCGUCCUGCACCCCUGGGCUCCGCGCCGCUGGCCGAAGCUGCUCCACGCUCCCCCUCAGGCCCUGGCGGCCUUGGCAGCUCCCGGCCCGGCCCGGAGACGUUCCGCCAGCGUUUCCGACAGUUCCGCUACCAGGACGCUGCUGGCCCGCGGGAGGCGUUCCGGCAGCUGCGGGAGCUCUCCCGCCAGUGGCUGCGGCCUGACAUCCGCACGAAGGAGCAGAUCGUGGAGAUGCUGGUGCAGGAGCAGCUGCUCGCCAUCCUACCGGAGGCGGCGCGGGCCCGACGGCUUCGUCGCCGCACGGAUGUGCGCAUCACCGGCUGAGCGGCGGAGCUGCGGACGGCCUGGUCCGGAGGCUCUCUGGACUUGGAGCCGUGAUGGGGUCUGGGAGCGUGAGCCUGCUCCCCACUCCGCGUUAAUGAAAAACGAGUUCGUGUAGCUCCUGUCGUCUGGUGUCCCUUUCGUUCGUUUUUUACUGGGUUUAUUUUCCCAAGCGUAUUUUCAACCUCCUGGCUGAACCAGUUGGGAGCCCAUGAGAAUAAAACCUGUUAAUAAUCA